ACGACGUGCAGCGUGCAGUUGCGAACGUGGCGACGAGCUGGCGAGUGAAUUCUUGCUGUUCUUCUCGCGAAUAUGCGCGUUCUGUUUCGCGAAAGUUACGGGAAUGAGAAAGAGACAGUUUACGUAAGGUCAGAAGAUGGUUUCAUCGCGAUCGAGGCAAAACUCGGCCCCACGGAGUUGCGGGCCAUUCGUUCCCGGAUCACGUCCGUCCUCAAACAGAUAUUCCUGCCGCGAGGGUAUCCGAACAGCGUGCAUCCUGACUACACGGCGUAUCAGAUAUGGGACACGGUGCAGGCCUUUGCGAGCACCAUAACAGGCACCCUAACGACGCAUUCCAUAAUGAAAGGGAUAGGAGUCGGAGAGUCAAAUGCUACACCCUUAGCAGCAGCGAUAACGUGGAUCCUGAAGAGUGGCACUGGAAUGAUUGGCAGUAUAAUGUUUGCAUGGUGGAAUGGAACUGAAUUAGAUGGACAAUGCAAAAAAUGGAGGCUAUUUGCCGAUAUCUUGGACGACGUAGCCAAAGGGAUAGAAUUACUUGUGCCAUAUUUUUCCUCAUAUUCUGUUGUGAUUCUGUGUGUCUCAACGACGAUGAAGUCCAUUGUCGGUGUUGCUGGUGGAGCUACGAGAACAGCACUGAUUCAUCAUCAGGCGAUACAAAAUAAUGUGGCAGAUGUCUCCGCAAAAGAUGGGAGUCAAGAGACCUGUGUAAAUCUAAUUGCAUCAUUCUUUGGGAUCUUUAUAUUGUCUUUAUUCCACGAUGGACAAUAUUUAUUAGAAUUGUAUCUCUUCCUGGUGGCAGUCCAUCUCUAUGCAAAUUAUUCGGCGGUUAAAGCGUUGUGUUUAGAUACACUCAAUGAAGAUCGUCUGGCUAUAAUCGUUAAAAAUUACAUGAUGAACGAGCAAAUUCCCGAGCCAUCACAAGUGAAUAAAGAAGAAUCAGUAUUUCUACUUAAAAAUCCUGCCAGAAGCGUACAUGGUUUUGAUAUAAAAAUUGGAGUAUCAUUUGGAAGUAUCCUGAAGAGAAAUAUAAUUUCAUCCACAGAAAAAGAAUAUUUAUUAAAAUUCUUUGAAAAUAAAAUGUAUAUAAUAGCGAUAGAUAUUGAAAAAAGG